AUGCUGCCUUGGGGUCUGGUAUCGACGGCGCUGCUUGGCACAACGGCGUUCGCCCAGCCCACGGAAGGGUUCAACGACCAUGGAUGGCGCGGUCGACCUGGGCCGGCCCCAAGCCAUCCGGCGAAGGCGACACACAGCAGCCGACUGAACGAGAGGUAUCAAAUAGGGGGGUUUACGCUGCAGGACUGGACCUCACCUGAUGGACAAGUGUGGACGGUCAAGCACCCCGACGAGACGCUGCUGCCACUCCUAAAGACGCCGCCGGAUGGGACGUCCCCCCGGGAACCAGACAUAUUCUGGGUGGCAGGAAAGGUCGGGCGAUUCACUACACGCAUGCCUCCCCUGCCAGGAAACAGCACGCUUACACGAGUGUUCGACGCUACGCCUAUCCUCUCGCACCCCGACAAGAGUGUCCUCGCGGAAGAUCGGGACAUUAGGCAAUGGACGGUUGAUUCGCGUAACUGGACCAUCAGCAAUCGGCCUUACAGACUAGUCAUCAUAUCAGAAGAGUAUCCCGAGGGCUUCUUUGUUCAGGUCCCGUAA